AUGAUGGUUUGUGUAAUUACUUGUGUUCUCCCACCCAGCCGUCGCUCUUGCUCCUAUCCCGCCGUAUCCUCUCCCUCACUACCCGCCUUCACCUCUCCUAUUCACCUCACAGUCACUCAGCCCCACCCUGCGAUCUCCUCUUCCUUACCUCCCCGCCGUCGCCUCUCCCUCCUCCCCGCCGUCGCCUCUCCCUCCUCCCCGCCGUCGCCUCUCCCUCCUCCCGGCCGUCGCCUCUCCCUCCUCCCCGCCGUCGCCUCUCCCUCCUCCCGCCGUCGCCUCUCCCUCCUCCCCGCCGUCGCCUCUCCCUCCUCCCCGCCGUCGCCUCUCCCUCCUCCCCGCCGUCGCCUCUCCCUCCUCCCCGCCGUCGCCUCUCCCUCCUCCCCGCCGUCGCCUCUCCCUCCUCCCCGCCGUCGCCUCUCCCUCCUCCCCGCCGUCGCCUCUCCCUCCUCCCCGCCGUCGCCUCUCCCUCCUCCCCGCCGUCGCCUCUCCCUCCUCCCCGCCGUCGCCUCUCCCUCCUCCCCGCCGUCGCCUCUCCCUCCUCCCCGCCGUCGCCUCUCCCUCCACCCGCCGUCGUCUCUCCCUCCUCCCCGCCGUCGCCUCUCCCUCCCAUCCGCCGUCGCCGCUCCCUCCCUCCCGCCGUCGCUGCUCCCUCCUCCCCGCCGUCGCCUCUCCCUCCUCCCCGCCGUCGCCUCUCCCUCCUCUGAUUUUGUUUUCUUGUGCAACUAA